AUGCCCACUGCGCCCAGCUACCCGCUUUACAAAGCGCUUUUCACUCAGACGGUGACACCACAAGAGGUGAAAGGGUGGUCAAUGGGGUUUCUUUGCUAUGGAGAGGAACCUCUCACUGGUAAAGAUUUGGAGAUGCAAACCAUGAUGGAGUUGGUGAUUGAAAGAAAAGAAGCUAAAGAUUCUGUAGUGAAAGUUGUCCAAGUUGAGUCGGAGCCCCGAGCUGCGAAGAAAUAA